AUGGCCUACACUGAAGAGGAGUACAAGACGAUCAUGGAGCUCUUCAGGGACCACGUGUACAAAGCUUACAACCCGAUCGACCGGUACCCAGCCGACAUGGACUGGGAUAUUGCUCAUGGAAUGGACCGGAUCGACGACAAGAAUGACAAGGACUAUGAUCCGUCGACAGAUGAGUCUAACGGGCGCAGAAGACGUUCCAAAGUCAAGAAGGCUAAAGUCACAAAGUCCAGAGUCAUGAAGCCACGAGCAAAGAUGACGAAGCCCAAAGCGCACAAGGCCAAGAAGCAAGUUGCACCCAGUGCCUAUUCCGAUGCUGCAGGGGAGACAAUGGAGAAUGCCAAGAGUGAACACACCAUGCGGAGUUCUUCAUCCGAAGAAACCAUCCUCGAAGCUGCUCAGCGCGGAACCUCCGCUGGGUCUGUUCUGGCGGGCUCUAUGCAGGCUGUGAGCCCACUUUGA